AUGGCGAGGAUCAAUAAGCACCUUGAGAAGUCCAAGCUGCCCCCGAUGAGCCUGGAUGACAACGUCGAUUGGGAUGGAGUCAAGUCUCAAGUGGGGAAAGCCUGUGGGGUACUUGAAAAGAUCCUCCUCAAGAAGAAGAAAAGGCCUGGACUGGUAGGCUCAAUUCGACGAGGAUUUGAUAAGCUUUGUCGAAAUGCUGGAACCGGCAAAGCGUUCGUGUCCAUCAUCCCCCAGGACUUGAUGAUCGCAUCUGCCGUAUCUGGAGGGCUCAAAAUAAUCUUUGUUGCCCUUGAGCAGCAUGGAAUUUACGAAGAGUCUGUCUUCAAUGCAUUGGAGGGUUUGCCUGACAUAUUGAACACCACCGGGAGGUACAGCCAGAUCGUUGUGACUGACGAAGAAAUCCACCGCUUGACGGCACAGUUCUACACCCGUGUGUGUGAGGUUCUUGACUAUAUUCUGCGUUGGAUGAUGGACAGUGUGCUUCUGUCCGGGGCAAAACAGAUGUUCAAGGGCAAUCGCUAUGAGAAAGAUCUCAGCGACAAGAUGGCAGAGGUGAGACUGGCGGCGCAAACACUAGAGAAGUGGGCGAGCACUCUCUUGUUGCAGAGCCAGGAGAAUAUGUCCAAUAUGCAAGCACAGAUGUAUUUGCAACUUGGCUAUCGACUGGAAAGCUUCGAAAACAAAGUCGAGCAUAAACUUGACUCUAUCUUCAACGAGCUGCCGUCCAAGAUCGAGAGAAGCAAUACAUUUGAGCUGGUUGCACCAAUGGUAUUUAACAGCUGCAAACUGGUUCUCAAUGAGGAGUGGAAUCGUAUCAAUCGAAGUCAGACUAUCUGCAAAUCAAUCGAGAAUAAACCCGUUCCUUCGAAAACGACAGCAGAAGAGGUCCUGGACCAGCUUUUAUUCGACCCAGGCUUAGUACCUCGAGACAUGGAGGACCUGCUCCGACAAGGGACCGCAACCCUCCAUCAAAAGAUUCAGCCGGAUCGGCUGCAAGCCAUUCAAGACAACCCUCGUAUCAGGGCAUGGCUAUCGCUUGACAGUCCGUCGUUGCUUUUGGUGAAUGGCAAUUCCCCGUCCCACCUUGACCUCUCGACCUCAUUCGUCAGUGCCAAGAUCAUGAACACAUUGAUGCGGCAGGCUCCAAAGCCACACAAGAAUAUCGAGAUUAUAUCUCUCGCGUACUUCUGCGUUAAACAUCAGAAUUAUAGCAGGGACGAGGCGGCGCACCCAGCUGAGCUUGCCAUGAGCCUUCUCCUACAACUCGUGCACAGUCACAGGGACUUUGAACCGAACCUCCUGCAGAAGUGCCUAGACGAGAGACUUCCAUACAACAUCAAGCCAAUACUCGAAUGUUUGGCGGAACUCCUGGAUGGUCUCCCCUUAGAGGCCGUGGUGUUCGUCAUCAUCGACGGCAUUGAGCACUUCACCAGGCCUAACAAGAGAAGAAGGGGCCUCCGUGAGGUCUGCUUCCAGCUCAUACAGGUGUUCCGGGAGCAGCGAGGGGCAAAAGUGAAGUUGUUGUUCACCAGUGCCCAGAAAGCAGUCAUGCUUGAAGAGUUGGGGCUACUCAUGGACGAUGAGAUUGUCAACAUUCCUAAGAGUCCACCUCCAAAGGGCCAGCCAAAUCAACGGAACAUGUCGAUAGAGCUUUAG